CGUAUGAUUCAACACACAAAACAUAUAUCAUCAUGACAUGUACUAUUAAUAGUUUUCGUAAAUCCAGGCAAAGAAAACUCCACAUCACUGAUAGUAUCAUCGCUACAGAUAGCUUCCAGCACAGCAGGGGCCGUAAAGGGGCCGCGCCAGCGUCUAUCCCCGGGAAGCUGGCCCGGCUAGGAUCGUCCCAUAACACUUUCUGCAUCGACACUUUGUGAGGAAGCUUCAGUAAGUCCUGCAGGGAUCGAAUUAACCUUUCAAUCAAUCUGAUAUGCCUAAGGACUGAAAUGUAUGAAUCUGCUUUUUGAGGAAAUACCACUUGUUUAAUAAUACGAGAGAAUCUGCAGAUGCUGGAAAUCCAGCGCGACACUCACAACAUGCUGCAGGCAAUCGGCAGGUCAGGUAGCAUCUUUGGAGAGGAAGAAAGAGCCAAUGUUUCGAGCCGAGACCCUUCAUCAGGACCGGGUUAAACUGUUGUACAUUCUCCAGUGGCUUCAUCUGGCACUGAACGGGUUAGCGCUCGCCCAAGGAACUCCUGCCAAAAGCUCUGGGGUGCAAGAACAGGUGAAACCAGUUGUGGGACUGCCUUGGAGCAGGAAGAUCGACUCCAUGCCUGUCAGUAUUGUCGAGAUUCUGAUUGUUUCUUCUCCUUUUGACACGGGAACAUCGCAAGUCAGUGUUUUGGUGCUGACAAACCUUCAGCUGGCGGAGCCUCGACCAGCGAAGCAGCGAUUUUCCGGAGAAGUUACAUGACUUCAACCUCACCCCUACACAGCCCGUCACUAUCAGCAGUAAUUUCAUUCACACUACCACUCAAAGAAUUUUCAGAUUAACUCGAACUGCUUGGGGCAGUCGGGCCGCUUUGUGCCCCCGUGGUUCCCGAGCGGGAGGGAACUGCGUUCUGUGCCGAGCUCUGACUUCGGCAGAAGGUCAUUAAUCGCUGGCUGAACAAGUCCUUCAGUCGCCAUCAGCAGGUGGGAGGCUCGAGAGGACAAAGUCCCGGGGCGGUGACAACAGCAGUGAACUUCACGGCACACAGACUGUGAGAAAAAUCUGUUCAUGGUAACUGGCCGGUGAGUGUCUCCUUAUCACGCGGUGGUGAGCAAACUCCGGCUGACAGGUAGAACACUGCAUCACAACACACAGAUUUUGGAUGAAGAAGCAAUGUCCAUCUUCAGAGUUAUCACCUUCUUAUUUCUAAGUGCCUUUGGACGUUUCACUGAGCAAUGCUCUGUCUCCGAGUCUGAGCAGGCUGCCGUUGACACCCUCAUGCAGGUGUUACAAAAGAGCGCAGAGGACGACUCUGUGGACCCCGACCCCACCACCUACCUCGGCCUGCGCUCCACACACAGACACGACCAGAGAGUUGAAGAGCAUUUCCUGGAGCGGCUUAAAGCAGACGCCAUUCGGAAAGUGACUCAAGGAAUAGGAAGUGCUCUGCCCACUGGUUCAGCUGCUCUCUACGUGCUGGCUUUUAGAGCUGGCUGUCUGGAUCCAAGCAGCAUCUCUGAUGGUCAGGCACAGAUUAAUAUGGUGAAAAUUCUUGGAGAGAAGUUCAAUAUGGAGUACCAAAACCUAGGGUCCCACGGACACCCUCUUAUAGACUUCUACGAGAUCUCCUUAGCAAUGCUGGCGCUCUGCAUUGAAAAGCAACCUGUCCAAAUCCCCUUUGUGGAUAAAAUCUACAGCAGGGUUAUGAGUCACAAAGAUCCAUUUGGAGAACACUUCUUUAUUGAUACAGCCUCCAUGACAGUCCUUGCUCUCACAUGCAUACACGAUCGCAAUGAUCUUGAUACCAUGGAAAGACAUCACACUGAACAAGCCAUCGUGCUCUUGCUGCAACAGCUCCUGAGUUACCAGGAGAUGAAUGGUACCUUUGGGACUAUCUACAAUACUGGCCUUGCUGUUCAGGCUUUGGCUGAACAGGAAAAACUGGAAUUUUCUCUCUUCCAUUGCCCAAAACAUUUGCAGCUCUUGGUCAGCGAAAUCUAUAAAGGGUCAUUUAACACAGUGCGUAAAGCUUUCCCGGUCCUUCUGGCUUUGGAGGGAAAGUCACUGUUGCACGUUGGAGACCCCAGUUGUCAUUCCCGUCGGGAUAAUCUGCCUGAAGAUGAAAAUGAGAAGUGAAACAAGGACCAAGAGAUGAAGACCAGGAUGCUGUUUUGGUCCAUUACAUGGAAAGGAUACCUUGUAGUUAUAUAGUUGGACCAUAGAACAGCAUUUGAUUACCACGUCAUGUCAAAUUCAUUAAACUAAUAACCCCUGUUAAUCGCUCUUCCUCCAGACCCUGACCAAAUCCUACCUUUAUGUGCCUGAAAUGGUGCUUAGCGCUGUUAACUCAUGAACACGCCUGUGCUCUGUGCCUCACCUCCACCCUGACAGCGGUUUGCAGGGAUCCUCCACUGCGUGUGUGUUAAAUCAAUAAACAGCCUCUCGCAUCUAUGUUGCAUUUAUCCUGUCUCGCAUUAAAUACCUGCUCUCUUAUACUGGACAUUACA